AUGGCCGUCAAGCAGAACCCACAGGAUCAGCAGCAGGAGCAAGAGAUCACCGCAGCAGAAGUAGCUGCGGCUGCAGCAGCAGCAGCAGCGGCGGCGGCGGCGAAUUCAGCUGUGGGCGGUGUCCCAGCAAAUCCAACAGAUGAAGGAGGAGGUGGCUGUGGUGCUGGCGGAGUAGACGUGGCCAAUGAACUGAACGAUAAUGCGGACAACAAGACAGAGUCCGCUACAGGAACGGGCAAGAGCUCGUGCUCCACCGAACGGCAACUGCACGAUAUCAAUGGCCUGAUCAACAUUAUGCAGGCGAUCGAUCCGGAAGAUCAGCAGGCCACGCUAAUGAUCUACCAGCACGUCAUCUUCAGUCUGGCGCGCAUGCAGCUGAGCACCAAGCCGGAAGAUAUGAAGCGCUUCAAGGAGGAGAUCACCAAGGUGGGCCACUUCCUUGCGCUGCCCAAGAAGAAGCGCUACCUCAUGUUCUACUUGCGCAUCGUGUAUCAGCUAAUCACCCAGGCCUCCUACGAGACGCCCUCCUGUGCCGUGGCUAUUGUCUUUCAGCUGUUCAGCCCGGACCUGAUCAUCGAGGCGGUGCAGCUGCUGCUCGAUCUGAAUGUCCAGGAUGACAGCAUACGCAAGACGGUCGGCUUGCUCUGCAAGUGGAUCAGUAGCUGCAACUUUUGCCAGAAUAUGAAUCUCUGGAUCAUGGCUCUGCUGCAAGGGCUGCGCGAGCAGGAGAAGUACUUGCUGCUGGACGAGAUUGCCCUGGACAACCUUGAGCCGCUGUUCAUACUGAUGAUCUUUCCGGCACUGCGCCCCAAGGUGGCGCCCAUCGUCUUUCACAUGAUGUCCACAAUCAAUCAAACGCCAGAGGUCUUCUACAAGAUGCUACCCAAGAUUCCCCUUGUCAUUGGCUGCCUGAAGAGCCAGGACGGCACGCCCAGUGACCUGCGCAGCUACAUACAGAAGGUGGUUGAUCUCACCAAUGCGUUGAUGAUGCGCUUCUACGACAACGACGAGCUCUACGCGCCCAUCAAGGCGGCCCUGCAGCUCUACGAACCCUCGCCCAAUUGUGUGGCCUUGGCCAGGGCGCUCUUCGAGAAUGCCUUGCCCCGGAAUGCGCGCGUUGGACUCGUCAAUCUGGGAAAUACUUGUUACAUGAACAGCGUGCUUCAAGCGCUGGCCAUGACCAGCGACUUUGUGCGUCAAAUCCUGCUUAUUGAGAGCGGCUCCUUGCUGCUGCUGAAGGUGCAGCAGCAGCUGGCAUUGAUGCACCAUUCGCUGCGCUACGAGCUGACGCCGAGUCGCGUCCUGAAGGCGACCAGACCGCCGGGUUUUACGCCCGGACUGCAGCAGGACAGCUCCGAGUUCCUAGGCUACUUGCUCGAUCUGCUCCAUGAGCAUGAGAUCAACAGUGGCGCGGCUCAGCACAUGGACCCGGAGCUUGGCAAGGAGACACAGGAAUCGGAGUCGGCACUGACAGAGGAGAUUGUCGCCGCCGGGGUUAUACCCUACAAUAGCAACGAUCAUGUGCACAAUCAGCGAUCCAAUGCGGCGGUUAUGUCACCGGCCACGCCCACCUCGCAGCCCAGCCAACCGAAGAAACCGUCGACCAUUGACAAGACCUUCGCUGGCAAAUUGUCGACGACCUACAAGUGCUUGAACUGCUCCUGGGAGAGCCGCAACGAGGACAGUUUCCGUGAGCUGCAGCUGUCCUUUCCGGACGACAAGGACGACUGCGGUGCCACCAAUUACUCCGUACAGGAUUUGAUCGACUACUACUGCUCGCCGGAGAAGCUCGACGGCGACAAUCAAUACUUUUGUCCACGCUGCAAGAAACUCUGCGAUGCCGAGCGACGCAUCGGCAUCACGCAGGCCCCACGCAAUCUCAUCUUAACGCUCAAACAAUUCAAAUACGAUCAGAAGUAUCAUUUUCGCACAAAGCUCAUGCACAAGGUGUUCCACGACGAGAGCGUGAUUGUUAAGGUCUGCGCCACCGACUCUCUCCAGGAGACGUGCACCGUGCACUAUGAUCUCUAUGCCGGAGUUGUGCACGCCGGCUACAGCAUGGACUCCGGACACUACUUCACCUUUGCCGCCGAUCAGUCCAAGAACUGGUUCAAGUUCAACGACAACCUGGUGACCAAUUCGAAGCCGCAGGAGAUGCACAGCCUGACCUCACCGAACACGCCCUACAUUCUCUUCUACCAGAUGUGCGGCCGGUCCACGGAGUCGUCGCCCGAUGGACCCAUGCAUCCCAUGGUGCCGGAACCGCUUGUGCCACCCCUCACGCUUGACGAGCUGCCGCGAACCCUGCGCGACUACGUGAAGCAGGACAAUCGGGAGUACAGCGAAGAGUUGAAGCUGCAGCGCUUCAAGCGGAACGCCAAGCAGCAGAACGUGGCUGGCAACGGGACAAUGCAGCGCAACGGCUAUGAAGGAGAUGACGAGGAUGAUCACAUGCCGCCGCCCGCCGGAGGCUGUGGUGGCAAUGAUCUGGGCAUGAAUUUCAAUCGUUUCGUCUACUGAUUGUGGAAUACCGAGAAAAACACAAAUACAC